UUCCUUCCUCCCUCGCUCCCUCACUUAAACCCUAAUAACCCCUCUGCUCAAAAUCCUUUCCUUCCCUGUACUAAACUCUCCACGAGCAUCAACUCUGACGAGCUUCGGAUCGCAGUAAUGGCCGCGCCUUCGCUUGACGAGGAAACGUCGAAGAAAGUGCUCCGUCAGGUGGAGUUUUAUUUCUGCGACAGCAACCUCCCGAGGGACAACUUCCUCAAGAAAACGAUCAGUGAGAGUGAAUAUGGAAUGGUUAGCUUGGCGUUAAUUUGUUCAUUCACCCGUAUGAGAAAACACCUUGGUUUGGGGAACUUGAAGCCUGAAGAGGUCCCUGAGGAUACGGUUCUGGCAGUUGCCGUUGUGCUUAGGAAGUCCACUUCUCUUAAAAUUUCCGAAGAUGGGAAGAAAGUCGGUAGGGUAACUGAGCUGUCAAAGGCUGAAGAGGUGAUCGAGCAGGUGGAUGUAAGGACAAUUGCUGCAUCACCACUCGAGUAUGAUAUGAAGCUGGAAGAUGUGGAAUCAUUUUUCGCUCAAUUCGCAAAGAUUAAUAGUGUGAGGCUACCUCGCCAUGUCGGGGACAAAAGAUUAUUCUGUGGCACUGCUUUGGUCGAAUUUUCAACUCAGGAAGAAACUGAGAAGAUUUUGAGUCAGAGUUUAGCUUAUGGAGGUGUUCAAUUGGAACUAAAACCAAAGAAGGAGUUUGAUGCUGAAAGAGCGCAAAAGAUAGAAGAGUUUCAGAAUACCCGAAGGGGUUCAAAUAGCAAGAAUUCCAGUCCUGAACCAGACUACCCCAAGGGCUUAAUUGUUGCGUUUACUUUAAAGAGCAAGGAAGAAAGAGCUUUGGCUGAAGGGAAUAGUAAUCAAGAGCAAGCAAAUGCUGACUCAAGUGCUUUAAAGGCUGAUGGAGAAGAAAAACUCUCAAAGAAGAUAAAUGAAAGGAAAGAUAACAAAGAAUCAGAAGUUUCUGAUAAAGUUACUGACCAGGAAAACGAAGAAAAUGUUGACGGAAAUAUUGGUUCAGAUCGUAAUGAUGCAGAGAGUGAGCAGGAAGAGAAGUCUUCCGAAGUUCCCUAUAACGAGGACAAAGAACGUAAAUUAACUGCAUCUGACUACAAGAACGACCAGAAUGUUGUAUUGCGUGAAGAUUUGAAGACUCUUUUUAACAAGUUUGGAACUGUUAAGUUUGUUGACUUCAAGAUGGGAGAGAAGUCUGGUUACAUUAGGUUUGAGGAACCUGAAGCAGCUCAGAAAGCUCGUGCUGCUGCUGUUCUUGCUGAGGAAGGUGGACUGUCUGUGAAGAAUUUCAUUCUCACUUUGGAACCUGUGACAGGCGAGGCUGAAAAGGAGUAUUGGGCUAAAUUCCGUGGUAACAAAGAUAAGCCCCGAGAUAACAGGGGUAACCGUGGAAGGGGUGGGAAACAUUUCAGAGGUGGAAGACGCUCUCGCUCAAGGGAAAAUGACUUUGGAUCCGGCCGCCCAGAUAAAACCCAAAAGGUUUCCGAAUGAAAAGAGGGUUUGCUGGAGGAUCAGUUUUGUUAGAAACGAAAGGGGGUUAUUUCACCGAUAUAGAUCCGCCAGUUUUUGAUUGUGUUAUUUCCAUUAGACAGCUGCUUCAAAAAAUGCUACUUAGUAACUUAUUCACUAUGUUAAUGUGAUAAUAUAUGUUACGUAUUUCUCAGUGACGUUUAAUCCCUUCAGACCA